AGUGAGGGCCAUGCAGGAAGCAUGUGACAGGCUUCUCCAAGGGAUAGAUACACCUGAUGAAGAUACAGCAAGAGGAGCCACUGCCAGAGCUCCUGGAGGCAGAGUCCACAUGGAGGUUAUUCAGGGAUCGAUCGAGAGCCAACAGGUGGAUGCUUUGGUGUCUCCUAUGGUUGGUCAUGAUCCUCUCUCUACCCGUGUUGGAAAUGCUUUGUUUGAAGUAGCUGGACCACAGCUGACCACAAGGUUUAGAAAGGAAGCAGAAGAUGAAACAAUGCCUGGUGACUCAGUACUGCUGGAGGGCUUACCUGGACUUCAGUCUAAUGCAGUCUUCUUCCUCAAUCUUGUUCCCUGGGAUGGUGACCCAGACGGAGUUGCAGUCCAGGUUCUUCGAAUGGGCAUCAACACAAUCCUAUCUUCUUGUGAGAAGAAAGGAUUCAGAUCUGUCGCUCUUCCCGUCCUCGGUGCUGGGAUGGCCCUGCAGUUCCCUGUCAGUGAGGUGGUGAGGGCUUUAAAGAAGGAAGUUCAUGUAUUUGAAGAGGAACGAGCGGGCAUCACACCACUCCUGAUCCGCAUUGUCAUUCACCUCGAUGACGAGUCAGAUCAGACAUUUGGCUCAGUCCAAAAAAACAAAUUCACUGAAGGUGUUCACCAUAAAGACCAAGAUCAAGAGUCAACAACAAUGAGGUUGGUCCUGCUGGGAAAAACUGGAUCUGGGAAAAGUCACUUGGGUAACAACAUUCUUGGAGAGGAGCUGUUUGCCACUUAUGACUCUCCAAACUCUGGGACAAUGAAAUGCCAAACAGAAACCAAAACAGUCAGUGGAAGAAGCAUCACUCUGAUCGACACCCCUGGUUUCUUUGACACAGGAAGGUCUGAGGAAGAUCUGAAGCCUGAGAUAAUGAGUUGUAUGACAGAGUGUGCUCCUGGGCCUCAUGCUUUUCUCAUUGUGCUUCGAGUGGAUAAAUUCACAGAGCACGAGCAGGCUGUCGUCACUAAGAUACAUCAGUCUUUCUCAGAUGAAGCUCUAAAAUAUGCUGUAGUUGUUUUCACUCACGGUGAUCAGCUCAAGAAAAAGAUGAAAAUUGAAGAUUUUGUCAGUCAGAACAAAAAUCUGAGUGAUCUGGUGUCAAAGUGUGGUGGUCGGUGCCACGUCUUUGAUAACAAACACUGGAACAACAACCAGCCAAAUAACUACAGGAGCAACCAGUUCCAGGUGGAGGAGUUGCUGAAAACAAUAGAAAAAGUCGUGGUGGAAAAAAACGGAGGCUACUACACAAAUAAAAUGCUGCAACAUGUGGAGACGGCAAUACAAGAACAGGUAGAGCAUAUUAGACACUCAAUGCCAGAUAAAACCCCAGAAGAGAUCAGAAAGCAGGCUAAAACUAGUGUGUUUAAGAGGUUUGUGAUCCAAACGACAGGGAUUGCAACAGGAGCUUUGCUCGGUGCUUUAUUUGGUGUAGUAACAUUGUGUGAAUUUGCUGUGAAAUCUGUGAAGAACUCACAACUGAUGAGUGUCACAAAAAUGUUAGCAUGUGUGCCUGCUGCUGCAACAGUAGGAAAAACAGCACUAGUAGCUGCUGGGACAGUAGGUUUGGCAGCAGCAGCAGCAGGAGGUGUAAUGGGAGGCAUCACUGGAAAUGAAGCCGCUAAGGAUGCAGAGUCACCUUUAGAAGCUGUACAGAAAACAUAUAAGGCUGUCCAAGGAAAAAGAAAAGCUUUUAUUGAAUUUUCGUAAGAUUUUCUUAAUAAGCAGAUAUUUAUGUGAACAUUUGAUUAUUUUAUUACCUCUUGAUAAUGUUACAUUACAUAUAAUAGUUACAUAUUUAGGAGGCAGUACAUAAAUUUGUUUUUAUUUGGAGGUUUUUGGGACUAUUAAAGGUUUAUUCAGCGGUUUCCGUCUUUUAGGCGCCUAUUUUUUUUUCUUCGCUUACUUUGCCUUGGGCAACUGUGUCAAAAUUUUUCAUACAGUUGGGAAUAAGGGAAACUGUGUAAGUUCGAGGAAGUACACACCAGACAGGCUAUUUGUUAUUUCAUGUAAAUAUAGGUGAGGCCAAGCACACACCUAUAUUAGUCAUAAUUUAAGUGUAAUAACAUCCCACUAGGUGUGGCAUGGAAAACGGUUAGAGCUUUACCCUUAGUAUUAUUGCUGUGGCUCAAGCAAUGGAAGCUUUAUAACGUUCACUGUCACAAAUGAGAUAUUCAGAGUUCCAUUUUAUAGAAAAGUGUCCCCAGUACUGUUCUGAAUUUAUCAUUAACAGCAUGUGCAGUUGUUUGGUCAUAUGGCCCAUAUUUCAAUUCAAUUUUUAGUCUCAUUUAUAUAGUACCAAAUCACAAUAACCGUGUCCUCAAAAUCCUUUGAAAAGUAAAGAUCAGACAAUAGCACAGAGAAAACCCCAACUAUCAAAUGAACCUCUAUAACAGGGGUGGGGGAACUAAACCCAGGGUGAUAUCCUUCAGUAUGAGAGAGCUGUGACUGAGCGUUCAUGGGGCUCAUCUGGAUUUCUAUCUGCAUCUCAAGUUAUCUCAUGUUACAUACAAAACAAAGCACCGUCUGAUAACCCAUUUCUACAUAAAUGUGUAAUUGCUGUUUCCAAAGAGAGGAACAGCUGCAAAAAUCAUCCCAAAACCUUCCAUACACUUUCUUACUUAGACUACAAAGUCACAUUGUCAAGUUUAAGAUGGCCUGAAUAAUGGCCUCUCUCUCUCUCCCUCCCUUAGAGUAAUGAUAAAAUUUAUGUUUAAUCGUGGCUCUAAGAUAUGCUUACAAUACCUAAUUCAAAGCUAAUAAUUAUAUCUAAUGAUGGCCCACUUAAAGCUGACGCUCCAGCACGUGUGUCAAAAACCACACUGCUUCAGAAGCACUGUGUCAAGGUUUGAUUUGUUUGGCCAGAGUCAUGUGAUCAGUGACAUUUAGAACCUAUAGCUGAUUCGAUGGUUUAUAAGGAAGUGGAUCAUUCGCGGGAUUUGUGGAGUGCUUUCAUAGUGAGUGACAACAAACCACUGACCAUUCUAUUGAGCGAUACUGAGCCAGCAAGGAAGAGGGGAGGUUCUGUUGUGUGGGAGAAUUUUGAGUUGAUUUUCCUCAAUCGGGUGGGUUUGCCAGCUUUCUAUUCUUGUUG